GUCUAAGAAGAUAAAAGUUUAUUUGGGGAGGAGAGACGUGAACAAACACUUAUUAAGCACCCACUGUAUACGGUGGUAACAACCAGCAGUGGUUAUCAUGUUCCAGGCACUGUGCUCAGAUGUCCAUGCUAACGUUUUACAAAUGAGGAAACAGGUUCAGAGACAUUAACAGCAAUGAUAGUUGUAGUCAAACAGCAGCCAUUUACUGUAUGUACUCUCUGCUUAUCUCAGCUUCAUCUGCAAAGUCCUCCAGACCCCUGGCCCCUCACCUCUCUGACCUCGUGGGGCCUCCUCGCCUCCCUCAAGCACAUCCGCACAGACCGACCUCAGGCCUCCGACCCUGUCUGUUCCACCCGCCCAAAAUGCUUUUCCCAGAUAUCCACGUGGUGGACUCCCUCACCUCUUUCAAUCUUGCUCAAGUAUUACCUUCACAGCUCAGUCCUCCCUGGCACCCCUCAGCCCCAUGGCCCUCCAUCCUCUACCCCACUUCCUCCCCGCCCCCCAGCCCUAUCCCUAACAUACUAAAUCAUCUACUUACUCCGUAUCUAGCAUGAAUGUGUCAUCGCUACAAGCGCAGGGGUCUUUGUUAUUUUUGUUCAUUGUUAAAUCCCCAACACAAAGAACAGAGUCUGGCCCACAGGGUACGCUCAGUAACUAGUCCUUGGAUGAACGGAAUCUUCACAGCACCCUUCUCUCGUCAUUGUCAUUUUACAGAUGAGGAAGCUGAGGCUCAGAGAGGCCAAGUGACUUGCUCAAGGUCACACAGCCAGGAGGCAGCAAACCCGAACCCCUCGCCCUUUUGCCCCAACAGGUCUGGCCUCACCCCACAGACAAUGGCUUUGCCCCCCAUGAGCUAGAGCCUGCUCCCCUCCCCCGGUGCCGGCCCCCCCUGCCCCGCCAGCCAGCAGGAUGCAGCUGUGGAAGGCAGUGGUGGUGACCCUGGCCUUCAUGACCACGGACGUCGGCAUGACCACGGCCAUCUACAUCUUCAGCCACCUGGACCGCAGCCUGCUGGAGGACAUCCGCCACUUCAACAUCUUCGACUCGGUGCUGGACCUCUGGGCGGCCUGCCUGUACCGCAGCUGCCUGCUGCUGGGGCCGGAGCAGGCGUCGGGGGCCACGCUGCAGAAGCUGCUGUCCUACACCAAGCCCGACCUGGCCUUCCUGGUGGCGGCCUCCUUCUUCCUGAUCAUCGCGGCUCUGGGAGAGACGUUCCUGCCCUACUACACCGGCCGCGCCAUCGACGGCAUCGUCAUCCAGAAGAGCAUGGAGCAGUUCAGCACGGCCGUCGUGGUCAUGUGCCUGCUGGCCCUUGGCAGCUCAUUUGCCGCAGGUAUUCGGGGCGGCAUUUUUACCCUCAUAUUUGCCAGACUGAACAUUCGCCUCCGGAACUGCCUCUUCCGCUCGCUGGUGUCUCAGGAGACGAGCUUCUUUGACGAGAACCGCACAGGCGACCUCAUCUCCCGCCUCACGUCGGACACCACCAUGGUCAGCGACCUGGUCUCGCAGAACAUCAACGUGUUCCUACGGAACGCGGUCAAGAUCACGGGCGUGGUGGUCUUCAUGUUCAGCCUCUCCUGGCAGCUCUCCCUGGUCACCUUCAUGGGCUUCCCCAUCAUCAUGAUGGUGUCCGACAUCUACGGCAAGUACUACAAGAGGCUCUCCAAGGAGGUCCAGAACGCCCUGGCCAGAGCCAGCAACACGGCCGAGGAGACCAUCAGUGCCAUGAAGACCGUCCGCAGCUUCGCCAACGAGGAGCAGGAGGCGGAGGUGUACUCGCAGAAGCUGCAGCAGGUGUACAAGCUGAACAGGAAGGAGGCGGCCGCCUACACGUACUACGUCUGGGGCAGCGGGCUCACGCUGCUGGUGGUCCAGGUCAGCAUCCUCUACUACGGAGGCCACCUCGUCAUCUCCGGGCAGAUGACCAGCGGCAACCUCAUCUCCUUCAUCAUCUACGAGUUUGUCCUGGGAGACUGUAUGGAGUCCGUGGGCUCUGUCUAUAGCGGCCUGAUGCAAGGAGUGGGGGCCGCCGAGAAGGUCUUCGAGUUCAUUGACCGGCAGCCAACCAUGGUGCACGAUGGGAACUUGGCCCCUGACCGCGUGGAGGGCCGCGUGGACUUUGAGAACGUGACCUUCACCUACCGCACUCGGCCCCACACCAAAGUCCUGCAGGACGUCUCCUUCAGCCUGUCCCCAGGAAAGGUGACUGCGCUCGUGGGGCCCUCGGGCAGCGGGAAGAGCUCCUGCGUCCACAUCCUGGAGAACUUCUACCCCCUGGAGGGGGGCCGCGUGCUGCUGGACGGCAAGCCCAUCAGCGCCUAUGACCACAAGUUCCUGCACCGCGUGAUCUCCCUGGUGAGCCAGGAGCCGGUGCUGUUUGCCCGCUCUAUCACGGAGAACAUCUCCUACGGCCUGCCCACCGUGCCCUUCGAGAUGGUGGUGGAGGCUGCGCAGAAGGCGAAUGCCCACGGCUUCAUCAUGGAGCUCCAGGACGGCUACAAUACAGAGACGGGGGAGAAGGGCGCCCAGCUGUCGGGGGGCCAGAAGCAGCGGGUGGCCAUGGCCCGGGCUCUGACUAAGCAAGGACCCAAGCAUGAGAGGGAUGAGGCGGGGGGGGGGUGGCCAACCAGCCUCCUGUCUCCCCAGAUCCAGCGCGCCAUCCACGGCAACCUGCAGAAGCACACGGUGCUCAUCAUCGCGCACCGGCUGAGCACGGUGGAGCGGGCGCACCUCAUCGUGGUGCUGGACAAGGGCCGCGUGGUGCAGCAGGGCACCCACCAGCAGCUGCUGGCCCAGGGCGGCCUCUCCUCCAAGACCUCCAGUGCUGACAUUCACGUCCUGUCUGUCUCCACGGGGCUGUGCCGGGACCAGGCCCCCACCCUCGCCAGCCCCCGGAGCUGCGGGACGGUCCCGCGCAGGACAGCGGCACAGGUCUACACGGUUUGCAUGAACUCUAUCACGUAA